CGCUACCUUACCCUCCUUCUCUCUCAACAUCCUCAUCCUCUUCUUUCGAUUUUCGUCCGCUGCUGAGCGGCGCCGAGCUUGUGAUGCGGAUGAAGUCGCAGAGCAAAGGUAGCAGGGAGUCGAAUGUGUGUUUGUGAUGUGCCCGGGACAAGUGCGCUCAGGCUGCAGGUUGCGUUAGUCACGUGGGUGGUGCCUAAUUUUGCAGUGGGUCAGGCACUGAGACGACUGCAGCAGAAGAGAAGAUUCCACUUUCGACGAUCGCUGUCCAGACGCCCACUGCAGUCGUCAACCUCCUACUCGUACACAUCGGGGGGUUCUGCGGCAUCUGCGCCCCGGGGGAAAGCUGAGUGCAACGAGGUCAGAAUGGAGGCGGGACAAGUUCGCAACCAUGACAUCGACGACCUGGAGAUGCAGGUGGUGCGCUACAAGCCCGAAGGCCUAGACACGCUGUGCCGCAACACAAAGUUCAGCAGAAAGGAGCUUCAGAUCAUGUACAGGGGCUUUAAACAGGAAUGUCCAACGGGCAUAGUGAACGAAGAGACGUUCAAAGAUAUCUAUGCCCAGUUCUUCCCUCAGGGAGGUAAGUGUGCAGACGCCUCGGCCUAUGCGCAUUAUGUGUUCAACACUUUCGACCAUGAUCAUAAUGGGUCCAUCAGCUUCGAGGAGUUCGUGAUGGGCUUGUCGGUGUUGUCGCGCGGCAGCCUACAAGAACGGCUUCAGUGGGCGUUUAGCCUCUACGACAUCAACGGUGACGGCAUCAUCACCAAGGACGAGAUGCUGGACAUCGUCACGGCCAUCUACGAGAUGAUGGGCCGGUACACAGAGCCAGCCAUAGAUGAAAACACAGCCAAAGAACACGUUGAACGGGUUUUUCAGAAAAUGGACCUCAAUAGAGACGGGGUCAUCUCUGUAGAAGAGUUCAUGGACACUUGCCGGAGGGAUGAGAUUAUCUCGAAGGGAAUGUCUUUGUUCGACACAGUUCUAUGACAACCGACCGACGAGCUGCAGGUGCCGCUCCUUGGCGAUCCACGACCCCUGCUUGUCUAGGAUUUUUGUUUUGUUUCUGGUCACACUGUGAAGCCACGCUCCAGAAGGUCUUGAACUCACGCCCUUUGUCAGAGGUCACGUUCCCUGAACUCCAUUUGGCUGCCGAGCUGCCAGACCGAGAAAACGGUGGAGCAACAUCUGCAAGGAUGUGUGAUCUCAGUGGAUUCUGCAGUGGACUUCCCUACGGUCAAGUAAAGUUCUGCAAAUUCCUUGGUUUUGUUUUCCUCCAAACGGUCUAACAGACAAAAGGAGAUGUGGUGGAUUAAACUUGAUACCUGUUCCAGUUGUUUGUACCGGAAAUGACGUAGAAACAACCGGCACCGAACUUUAACCUCGUCGUGAAAAUGGUUGAUCUCUGUUCGUCCCUGCCACGUCCGUUGACGACGGUGAUGACGUGUGCGUUGUAUCCCCCUGAAACAAAGUCGGAGAACGCUAUUCAGAAAGUCUGAUCAAGGCUCAGACAAGAAACGGACAUCGUGUUUCAUUGUAUGUAAAAAAAAAAAAAAAAGAAACCGUGAAACGAUUCCGUAAAUCUGAUGGCAUUUAAAAACAAAAACAAACAAAGAUACGUAUGAACAGUGUGAGUUCAUGUGAAACUGCAGCCCAGGUGUCGCGGAGUGAGCUGAAUCGUUAAUUAAGUGCAAUCGUUAAUUGUUUUAAAAAUAACUGUGUCCGUUUUGUGGUCGAUCGUUUAUACAUUAUUGUAGGAAUGUAGGAUUGAACUCUAGACUGCUUAUGAUGUUCUGUGGCUUUUUCUGCAUCGGAUUGUUAAGUGGGCUUUCUGAACCUUUUGACACUGGCUUCAAAUCAUAAAAGACACGUGACAGCAUUGAUGACGCGAGAUGAGAACGUGUCACGUGAACUUCUACCGUUUAUUCCACGAAGGUUUAUCCAAUACUCUAAUCAUUAAGAACUGGUGGACACGGAAGAAACAAAGAUUUUGUGGAAUGGGAAGGAGCGGACAGGAGGACAGAGAUAAUUCGACUCUAUGGAAAAUUUUAAGAUCUGUUUUAAUUACCCACAUAUGUCGAGCAUGUCACUAUGGCGAACUGGCACUCGGCGCUUGCAUGAAAUGAUUGUCACAUUAAUUAAAAUAUUCAAGAACCAUGUCCAGUUCUUUAGACGUUUAACGGUACUUUACAUUAAAUUUUGUUUUUUAAAGUUCGACAAUAUCUAAAACUGAAGGGUCAUUUAGUUUUCUUUCUCACUUUUGCGAAAAUUCAUCUUAAAAUUCAAAAUCUUACUUUCGAGGAUACUUACAUAUCCUAGAUACACCUACAUAAUGAGCACACACUGAUGUAGCCGCUAAAAAUGUCGUCUGUAAAAUAAUUGUUGGUAUUGUCAGGGAAACGGCAGGAAAACACAGAGCAAACGAAAUAUCGCGAUAUUCCACGUGGUCAGCACACGCCAGCAUUAAUAUUAACAGUCUCGGCACUUGUGAGACAACUGCUUUCCUGCGUGCAUGUGCAUUUUACAGCCAUUGAUAUCUGUCCUCUCCAUGUCAGGAUGUCCAUCCUGCCAGUAGCAGUGCGCGCGCAUCAGGUCACGUGACGAGAGCUCAAGCGUCAGCUUCCUGCAUGCGGCUGACGCCAUUUUACACACAUUCGAGGUCUUUGGUCUCAGAUGUGUUAUAAGCUCAUUGCCUUCGACUCUUUUUUUUUUUCUCAGUUCUGACCCUUCCUGCACUUUGCUAAAUGCUCUCUCUCACACACACACACACACGAACACAAACACACACGCACACGAACACAAACAUACACACACACUUGGGUGCCUGACUGAUACAAACAUGAAAGUUGUUGUUUUUUGUUUGUUUGUUUUUUUUUUGCUCCAUCAAAAGCACAUUUAAUAUACUCAUUUAUUGUUUCAUGAUGUUUGCUUUCUAUAUUUUUAUGAAUUUUUUUUAUUAUUCUGGGCUUUCGGAUUGUCAUCAUCACUGUGACAUCAUCAACAUAGACAUCAUCUUCACCAUCAUACUCCCCUUCUUCUCAUUUUCUCUCUUCUUCUCUCCAUUCGUUUAUUACAUGGCUGGCCAUGAUACAGCCUUCAGUUGCUGGCUCGGCGUAAAACACCUAAUUCCCGCCUCCCACCCUGCCUUUGUUUGUUUGUCCGCAUUUGUUAGCCUCAUCUACCUAAACACCUGGGUUAUCUGACAUCCCACCUGUCUCUCUCUCUCCAGGGUAGUGGUGGUCAUGCUUUAAAUGGUUCUUCCAGUCCGCGGCUGUUAUCUGCAGUCUUAUGCUACAGCGAAGAUCUUUUUAAUUAUCAGUUUAAUUACAGUUACUGUCCAUUCCCAUAUAAAAUAUCCUAGAUAGCUCACAGGGACAGUCGGAAACGACGAUAAAACUGAUUGAAAUAGGUUAUAUUGUGUUAUGUCUACGAUCGUCCUCAUUAUGUAUCAUUAUCUGAUGUAAGCCUCGUGUAUAGUAGGAGCAAGCUAAAUUCUGUGUGUGUGUGUGUGUGUGGAUGUGUGUGUGUUUGUUUUCUGGAAUUAUGCGUUAAGUUGUUGGCUUUUGUAGUUUCUCACAACAAAUAUUUCGAAACGCAUUUAUAGUGUUCACAGCGGUUAUUAUCCACUACUGUUUAAAAAUUGUUGUAGGGUUAAUACUACAUUUUCUUCUGUCUUAACUGUACAAGUCUUUGUGCAAGAGUAAGAGGAUCUGAACAUUCACGCGUCUGGAUAACCCCGAGUCGCCAAGCCAUCCAUCAUCCAUGUAGAUCCAUGCUGCAACAAAACAGAUGUUUACAGUCGUCUUCCAGUGUCAGUCACCUGCCAUGCGGGAGUGAUGGCGAACAGCUGUGUUACAAAAAGACGAGUGUUGCAAUAAAGAAACGUUGCAUGACGACUGGCUGCCCUCUGGAUCUGUCUGUCUGUCUGUCUGUCUGUCUGUCCGUCCGUCCGUCUGUCCGUCUGUCUGUCGUGCAGAUAUUUGUGGUGUUUUAAAUGAUCGAAUAAAAAAUCACGGGAACCUAAGCUACUCAGUGAUGCCCCAACAGUCUUUGUUUCUGUGGCUCAGACGAUGUAGACAAAGAUGAGCACGAUGGUAGACGGUUUACUCACAAAGUUGUCUGUCUUUCUGUUCAAAGCAUUUCCUUCUCUAACCUAACGGACCUCACUGUCAGAAACCCAAUGUAGUGUCGAACUGAAUUAAAGUAUCAAUCUUUAAAACUCGUGCACAUUUUUAUUUAUUUGCAUCGUUCCUCUCUUACAUUUUAUCCAGCUUUUCCAAUUCUCUUUACCUUCAGAAGCAAAGCUCUCGGUAGGUUUAUUUUGCAUGCUUAAUACUACAAUUGUCUGAUCGCAUUUCUGUGUGUCAGUGUGGUCAAAAUGUUUCUUCGUGUGAGCGUCUCAUUUUAUUAUCUUUUUUAAUGAAUUUUUCGAAAUAAUUUCAUUAAAGUUUUUACUAUGUAUGUUAAAACGUUGGUAGCAUAAUGACUUGGUACUGACAUGGAAUUUAUAAGCACUGUAUGUUACUUGAAAAUCUGAAGAGAAACUAAACCGCAAGAAACCGUUUUGUGAUGACUGUAAAUACAAUUAUUCACAUUUUACAUAUGAGUGCUGUUUGUGAUAAUAUGUACCCUCUUUUUGUACUGUUUCCCGCCAUCGUAAAUCAUUUUGCAAAAAUUUGAACUCUUACAACUAAUCGUUAACAUUUAUAUUUUUCUUUACAACAAUAUAAUUUUCGGGGGAAAACACACACAGAACAGAGCAACCUUGUUUUGUUCUGUGACGAACUGUAUAAAGCACUCGUUAACUGCUGUUUAACGGCGGAUUUCUAAAGUCUUUUAAAUUUAUUCCAAUUGUUCUGACUACUUCUCAGCGCGUUUCUAUAUUUUAUUUACAGCAGAAAAUCUCUUUACCAUAGGAUUCUUUCGCAAAUGUUAUCGGAUAUGGAUAAAUAUGGAAGGAUGCUUGAUCCCAAAAAAGAUUUGCUGCCAAAAUAUUUUGUGAAAGUAUUAAAGACAUUUUCUAGCUGAAACUCAGCAUUAGUAGAAGGUAACCUUGUUCUGUAGUUUCUUUCUUGUGGUCUUCAAUAUGUAACUCUCACAGAAAAUGCUAACUCCACUGUAUGAAGAGUAUAGAGAUAAGAUGGAUGUCUCGUGGACUCUCGUGGACUCUCGUUGGCGAGAUGUCGACGGAUGACUUGUAACUUGAAAAUAUGUCUCUUGAUUCUUGGAAACGAAUGACAGUAACAUCACUUGACUAUGGAAGACACUAAGAGUGACACCCUUGUCAGUGUAUGUUAAUUAUAAUUCUUUUCUAACAGCUGUGACCUGACUUUAUUCUGUUAUUUGAAUAAAGUUUGUAAGCAGUUGACAUACUCUGGAAGCUUUGUAGCAUAGUUACACUGGGUAUCUAGGCAUAUUGUUAUCAUUACUCCUGUGGUAAAAUAUUAUUGCUCGGUUAUUGAAAUUUAUGGACAACAAGAGAUUAUGUGGACAUGAGAUCAUGGCUUUCUUCAGAUACUACCCUGAAUUGUUAUUGCUGAAUUUCAGCUGUAUAGUAAGGUCAGACUUUGCACCACUUACUUUUUCCAUGUUCCCCGCACACUUACCUGCCCCUUGUUCAAUUUGCUACUGAUGCCAGAAGUGGCUGCUAAGUACAUGGAGGCAUGUAUCAACAGAAGAGAAAUAAAAUGGAAAGGUGACUCUUUUGGCUGUGUCUCUUGUAACUGGGAUCUCUAUAUAUAUAUCUCUCUCUCUAUGUUUGUCAUGUACUAAAGCUAGAAAAAUGAUUACGAGAGGAGGCUAUUAAAUAUACUUUUGUGUGUAUAUGGGAAUUCUGCAGAUGAGAAAAAAAUAAUAUGAUUGCGUGAAAUGUUAAA